AUGUCAGAAGCCCAGGACCGGCAGAAAAGCUAUGCAGAUCGGAGACGGAGACCGUUGGAGUUCUCUGUGAACGAUCAUGUGUUCUUGCGAGUGUCUCCCACCAAGGGAGUUAGGAGGUUUGGAUUGAGAGGGAAGUUAGCUCCUCGUUACAUCGGACCCUUUCAAAUACUUGAGAGGAUCGGUGAGGUAGCCUAUCGGUUGGCGCUACCACCAUCCAUUGUCAGAGUGCAUGAUAUAUUUCACGUAUCUAUGUUGAGAAAAUACGUGCCACAUCCUGAGCAUAUUUUGACAGAUGUAUCGAUCACCCUUCAGCCAGAUGUGACAUAUGAGGAGGUUCCAGUGCGGAUAUUGGAUCGCAAGGACCGCCAGCUGCGAAACAAGAUAAUCCGAUUGGUCAAGGUUGGAUGGGAGCGCCAUUCAGAUGACGAGGCAACCUGGGAGCUGGAGGAUGAGAUCCGAGCGCGGUAUCCACAUUUGUUUAAUGAAGUUAUGUCGUAA